CCUUUGGCGUUCCAUAUAUCCUAAGCAACUCGUCAUCAUAUCAUUCGACGUAAAGAAAUUGUUACUAGAAUAUUCUCAAGCAAACUUUAGCUUUUUGAUGUGGACAUGUCGAGAUCAAAGAAACUGUUAAGCAGACCUGAACUUCCAAGUCUUGAUGAAAUCAUCAAAGACUUGGAUUCGGCGCCGAGUGAUGAUGUUGCGUUUACAUUCUUGCAGAAUUACACAAGUGGUAGCGGAACCGGAGCUGAACUUCCCACGGGGAGCAAACAGAUGAUGGAUGCCGUGUCGAGAUCGAGAGCUUCAACAGGUGAAUCAGCAAGAAUCUCGGUGGAUACGUCAAAAUCCUUUGAGUCGGCAGCCAAGAGACCCCGGCAAGAAAACAGCAAGCAGAAGUCUGAAGAACAUCAUGGACAGAGCAAGGAGGAAAGUGAUAUCCAAGACUGCUACCAGAAGGUUCUCGGGUUCUUGGAGAUGAACUCAUACCUCAGAGACUCACAGGAUAAGAUGACGCAACAGUGCACGGACUUACAAGAGUUAGGGCAGUCGGUAAAAGAUCAGAUUGACUCCCUCAGAACUCGACUCCAUCCCUCGUAGUACCCACUAAUCCGUCAACACAGACCCUUGUCAUUCCUAAUGCAGGGUACUUUGACUGAGACGAUUUUCGAGUACUGCAGCUGUUCUUAGAACAUAUAAUUGUCAAGCUGAUCCCUUUGCCAUCAUUAUGUUAAGAGUGCCAAAAUAAAGUCUGCGGUCAGGAACUUGUACAGUGGAAACCCGUUAUAAUGAGUACAUUGGAACCAUGAAAACGACUUUGUUUCAUGAGGUAUCUUGUUAUAUCAGGUUGAAGAAAGAAACCAUACAAAGAGCUGGCACCUUUAAGCGGGACUGCACUACUUGUAUCUACUUGGCCCUCUAUAUAUCCAACAAUGCCUAAGCGGUACCCGUUGGACUCCCAUGAUCCCUUUUAAUCUUAUGUUAAUUGAGAGCUUAUUUGAUGAGAUAAUCACCUGCCAGUGACCAUGCAGGGAGGUCUAAUCCCUCCUGGCCAAACAAGUGCAGAUAGGUUUUAAAAUUAUCAUGUUAUAUCAGGUAUCUUAUUAUAUCAGUGCCCUGUUUCAUAGAACUUGUUCAUCAAAUAUCAAUAACAAAUGCUUAAUUUCUAAGAAAAAUUGCCAUCAGCCAACCAAA